UGACAGCGUUAAAAAAAAUUUUUUUUUCGGAUUCAAAUUUUUUGAUAAAAAUAAAUGGGCAGGAGCCGAUCAAAUUCACCAACACGAAGACGUGAACGUGUCGAACGUGAACGUGAUAGAGAACGUGACCGUGAUAGAGAUCGUGAUCGAGAACGUCGACGAAAACGUACCAGAAGUCGAUCUCGUGAUAGACCUGAAAGAAGACGUAGAUCAGGUGAAAGAGAACAUCGACAUAAACGAAAUUAUUCACGUUCUCGAUCACGGGAAAGAGAUAGAAGUAGAACUCGACGUAAUAGACCUAAUAAACAUCAAGAAACAGAAAGACCAGCUAUUACAGCAGCUGAUUUAGAAGGCAAAUCACCCGAAGAACAAGAGAUGAUGAGAGUAAUGGGAUUCUGUAAUUUUGAUACAACCAAGGGUAAGAAAUUACCUGGAAAUGAUGUAGGUGAAGUUCACGUAAUAUUAAAAAGAAAAUAUAGACAAUAUAUGAAUCGGAAAGGCGGUUUUAAUAGGCCUUUAGAUUUUGUUGCGUAAUUUAUUUUUUUAUUUGUUGAUUUAAGAUAGAACUUAGUUUAUAAGACUGAAAUAUUAGUAUAUUUCGAAGAUAAUUUUAUAUCAGGGCAAAUCAGAGAUAAGUAUAGAAACAGUUUAGGAAAACUAUUAAUUUAUCGGUUAUAUAACGGGGAAAUUUAAAAAUGGGCAUUUUUAUAUCUAUACCUCAGUUUUGUAUAUAACUACCUCAUCAUUUAUUUUCAGUGUUUUUCUUAAAUAUGUGAACUAAA